AUGUGGCUAGUGUCCGCCGGGCUCACGCUGGUACUGUUCCUGUGUACGUGGCCUCUGUCUCUGUGGCAGCAGAGCGCAUGGCGUGCGCCUGCUCAGGCGCUUGGCACGCAGGAGGCAGAGACGGACUGGCUCCGACUGCCUCGGGACGUUCGUCCGAAGCAUUACGACUUGACGAUGCUCACAGAUUUGACGCAGACGCACUUUUACGGCGCGGUCAAUGUAUCGUUGGAUGUGCUGGAAGAUACCAAGAUGCUCACGUUUAAUGCCGGCCGCGAUAUGGACGUGAGUUCCGUGCUGGUCGAGACGCCGCUAGGCACGUUCAUUUUGCCGCCGGAGCGCGAUAUCCAGCAUGAGCGGAUCUCAGUCUCGAUCCCCAUCGUGCUGCGCCGUGGGAUGCACGUCUCAAUCCUCACAGGCUUCCAUGGACCGAUCACCAUGAACAUGGUCGGCUAUUACUAUGCGACUUGGUCGCAUCAGGGCGAGCAUGGCAAUUACACGCUCACCCAGUUUGAGCCGACCGCCGCACGCGAUGGAUUCCCAUGCUGGGAUGAGCCGGACUUGAAAGCCACGUUCCGUAUGCGUAUGCUCCAUGCAGACGGCACGACAGCGCUCAACAAUAUGCCCAGCACCCAUACGCGCGCCCUGCGGGACAAAGAGGUACGCCAACUCCUGCACAUGCACGAGCUGCGAUACGAGACGCCGUCCUGGGGAUCGCAGCAAUGGCACCUGACUGAGUUCGAGAAGACGCCGCGGAUGUCGACGUACCUGGUCGCGUACGGCAAUGGUCACCUCCAGUACGUGGAAGAUUCGUUUGCCUCGGCGAUCAGUGGACGUACCGUGCCUGUGCGAAUUUACACGACCCCGGAGUUUAUUGAGAAGGCCUACGAUGCACUGAAAGCGAUGAAAGAGGUGGUGCCCGUGUUGGAAAACAUGUUCGAUAUUGAAUACCCUCUCCCCAAGCUCGAUAUGCUUGUCGCUGUCGGCUUUGACUCCGAUGCGAUGGAGAAUUGGGGUCUGAUUACGGGUCGUGCUACGACGUUCCUGACCGAUGAGAACUCGAGCUUGGAGAACCGCCAGUACAACGCCAUGGUCAUGGCGCAUGAAUGUGCCCAUAUGUGGUUCGGAGAUAUCGCCACGAUGACGUGGUGGGACAACUUGUGGCUCAAUGAGGCGUUUGCGACGUUGGUCGGUGAGGUGAUGGCGACGUCGCAGCUCUACCCCACCUGGCACAUGGACCGCCGCUUCCUGCUGACCGAGUGGAAUCGCGCGUUGGACCUGGAUGCUAAGCGUGCCUCGCAUCCCAUUGAACUGCCGGUGGAAGGCGACGAUAUCGGCGCAGCGGUAAGCCAGGUCUUUGAUGCGAUUUCGUACGCCAAGGGCGCGAGUGUCCUUCGUAUGCUUUCCAAGACACUAGGGGACGAUGUGUUCAUCAAGGGCGUGAGUCUCUACCUCAAAAAGCACUUGUAUGGCAACACGGAAACCAGGGAUCUAUGGGACGGCCUCAGUGAGGCGGCAGGGAAGAACGUGAGCGAAAUCAUGGAGGCUUGGAUCAAUCGGCAAGGUUUUCCUGUGCUGACCGUGACGGAAGGCAAGCACUCGAUCCUUGUCACACAGAACCGGUUCCUGGAAACAGGUGUGCCCAAAUCGCACGAGGAUGAGACGUUGUGGCACAUUCCACUCGCGCUCAAGGUGAUCCGCGAUGGCAAGGAGACGAUCGAUACAGAGCUGAUGCUGCCAGCGCAACGAACCAUCGAGAUCCCCUUGCCUCAUGCGCACCACGUCGUUUGGAAGCUGAAUGCCGACUCGAUCGGCGCGUACCGCGUCGCAUACUCGCCCUCGCACCUGCGCAAACUCGGCGAGGCCAAGGACCUACUGAGUGUGGAGGACCGAAUCGGACUGCUCUCGGAUGCCAUGCGGCUGGCCCAGGCUGGCUAUGUGCGUACGUCGCAUGCACUGGAGCUGAUGCUGUCCAUGAAAGACGAUCCGAAUGCCAUUGUCCAGGCCGCGCUCCAUGAGAACGUGGCAGCGCUCGCGAGUGUGCUGUGGGAGCAGCCGGCCGAGCUGCAAGAGGCCUUGCAGCGGUUCGGUCGUGACUUGUUCAGCUCGAUGGCGCAGCACCUGACAUUGACGUACGAAGACGACGACUCGGUGGCGACGCGCUCGCUACGCACCAACGUCGUGGAUGCAGCAGCGACGGUAAACGAUCCAUGGACACUUGGUCAGAUGGAGAAGGAAUUUGAGCGCAUGUACAAGGAUAGGCACGUGCAUGGCAUCCACCCUGAUCUGCAGCGCAUUGUGCUGAUCCAGGGCGUACGUCACGGCGGCGAGCGUGCGUAUGAGGUGGUGCGCCGCAUGUUCUACGAAUCGUCGGACCCCGAGGACCAGAAAUCCGCGAUGCUAGCGCUGUGCUAUGCACAAGAGCCCAGGCUGCUCCAGCGCACAGUCGAUAUGGUGUUUAGUGACGACACGCCGAAACAGAACCUGCUGUACGCAGUCACGGCUCUUGCUAGCAACACCAAGGCGCGUCGGCUGGUAUGGCACGCGAUGAAGGUCCACUUUGACGAGAUUGUCGACGUGUUUACUGGCAACAUUGCGUUUAUCCGCUUAAUUAUUGCCGCCGUGAGCUCGUUUACCAGUGAGAAGGACGCUGCAGACGUGGAGCAGUUCUUCCAUGGCCUGCCGACCGAGCGCAUUGGCCGCGGCGUGUCACAGGGACUCGAAUCCAUUCGGGCGCAAGCACGCUGGGUGUCACGCGACGUGGACGACCCGUCGUAUCGAUUGCCGGCGACAGUGCAGCCAGUGCACUAUGACCUCACGCUGUUCUCGGAUGUGACAGAGCUGCGCUUCCAAGGCGCCGUCAACAUCACACUCGAAGUACUCCACGAUACGCACAUCCUGGAAUUCAAUGCGGGCCGCAACUUGAACCUGAGCGAUGUUCACGUCGUCGCGCCCUCGCACACGUAUACGCUGCCGCCAGCGAUCGAUACGAAACGCGAGCGUGUACGCGUGACGCUUCCCUCGGCUGUGCGACAGGGCGACGUCGUAUACCUGGCCCUGGGCUACACAAGCCAGAUGGAUCAGAGUAUGCGAGGCUACUACUAUUCCUCGUGGGAACACAAGCAGCAGGCAGGACACUAUGCGCUCACGCAGUUUGAGCCGACAUCGGCGCGGCGUGCGUACCCCGGGUGGGACGAGCCCUCGUACAAGGCUACAUUUGCCUUCCGCAUGCUGCAUCGUAACGAUACGGUGGCCCUGGCCAAUAUGCCGAGCGUGCAUGCGCACACGAUCUCCGCACGCGAUGCAGCGCAGCUCCUGCAUACGUCGACGCUUCGUAUGCCUACGCCGCACCUGGGCGAUGAUGUAUGGGCCGUGACGGCAUUUGCAGAGACGCCGCGCAUGGCACCAUACCUGGUGGCAUGGGCCAACGGUGCCUUUCAGCAUGUGAGUGGGUCGACUCGUUCGCCGCUACGUCAUCGCACGAUCCCUCUGCGUAUGUUUACCUCGCCAGAGUUCAUUCACCAGGCUGAUUUUGCCGUGGAAGCUAUGGCACGUGUCCUGCCCGAGUACGAAAAGGUGUUUGAUAUCGCGUACCCGCUCCCGAAACUCGAUGCGUUGGUCGCUGCGGACUUUGACUUUGGCGCGAUGGAGAAUUGGGGCCUGAUCACAGGACGCAACUCGGUAUUUAUGUACGACAAAAAGGCCGGCCUGCAAGGCAAGAAGAACGCAGCGGGUGUCAUGAGUCACGAAAUUGCCCACAUGUGGUUCGGCAACAUGGCCACGCUCGCCUGGUGGGAUAGUCUAUGGCUCAACGAGGCGUUUGCGACGCUCAUGGGCGAAAUGAUCAUCCUGGAUCGCGUAUUCCCUGAAUGGCAGAGUGAGCGUGAGUUUAUCGUGACGCAUCUUAUGCGCGCCCUGGACUUGGACGCCAAGCGGUCGUCCCACCGUAUUGAGAUUCCCCUCAGCGGCGAUAACGUCGAAGACGAGGUGACGCAGUCGUUCGAUGGCAUUUCGUACUCCAAGGGCGCGAGUGUUCUGCGUAUGCUCUCGCACAUGUUGGGCCAGGAUGUGUUCUUGCAUGGCGUGAGUCUCUACCUCAAGGACCACUUGUACGGCAGCACCGUGACAAAAGACCUGUGGGAGGGCAUCAGUCAGGCAUCGCACCUCAACGUCAGCGCGAUCAUGUCGGAGUGGGUCCAGACGCAGGGCUUCCCGGUGAUUUCCGUCACAGAGAAAGACGACGCGUUGCAUGUGCAGCAGCACCGUUUCCUGGAGACGGGCGAUGCGUCCGCUGACGAAGAUGCGACUUUGUGGUACGUCCCCCUUGGCUUGCAGGUCUUUGAUGCGCCUACGCCCCAAGCGCCGGCAGUGCUGGCGCAUGAACGGUCCAAAGCCAUUGCGCUGCCUCACGCUUCGCAACGGCUCUGGAAACUCAAUGCAGGCACCACAGGUGUGUUCCGCGUAGCCUACCCACCGCACCACCUGGCCAAGCUCGCGAAAGCCGCGGCCCAGGCAGAGAGUCCAAUCUCCGUGGAAGACCGCAUUGGGCUGGUGAGCGAUGCGUGUGCGUUGGCGCAGGCUGGCUACACUCCGACGUCCUCGGCGCUUACGCUGCUGCAUACGCUGCGGGGCGAUCGCAGUGCGCUGGUCCACCGCGCUGCCUCGCUGGGCCUCACCCGGCUGGCGAGUGCAUGGUGGGAGCAGCCGACGUCGGUGCAGCAGGGCAUCGCGGCGUUCCGCCAAGCGAUGUUUGGCCCCAUGGCGCGGUCGCUCACGCUCGAAUACGAUGAAAACGAUACGUUGGAUGUACGCGAGCUCCGUACGACCGUUGUCACGGCCGCCGCCGCGGCCGGCGAUUCGUGGACCAUUCGCGAAAUUCAGCGUCGCUUUGCGCCGCUGCGCGACGACGACGAUGACAGUUGGAUCCCCCCGGACCUCCUACGUACGAUCCUCACUGAGGGCGUAAAGCAUGGCGGCGAAAAGGAGUACAAUACGGCGCUGCGAAUCUACCACCACCCACCGACUCCGGCGCACAAGACGGCGGCCUUGAUGGCGUUGGGCUCGACGCAGGUCCCGAGCCUGAUCGAACGGACGCUGGCGAUGGUGUUCAGCGGCGGCGUCAAGGCCCAGGACUUUUCGUACGUGUACUCGGCGCUUUCCAGCAACGUGAAGAGCCGUCGCGCGCUCUGGGAAGCGACAAAAAUGCACUUUGAUACGUUGAUGCGACUCUUUGACGGCAACUUUUCGUUCGUCGAUGUGAUCAAGUCAGCCAUUGCUGGCCUGACAAGCGAGGAAGAUUACGAGGACGUCCUGCGCUUCUUCCAUGACAAAGACACAUCGCAGUACAGCCAGAGCCUCGCGCAGUCACUCGAGUCCAUCCAGGCACAGCGCCGCUGGCUCCAGCGCGAUGCGGAGGAUGUGCAGCAAUGGCUCCACAUGCAUGAAUUCCUUGGCUGGGUAAGUAUGAUGAUGCCGACCACGACCACGACGACGCCUCGCUUCCGAUUGCCGGAGCAUGUGCGGCCUACGCACUAUGACCUGACGAUCUGGUCCGAUUUGGAUGCGUUGCAAUUCCAAGGAUCUAUCCGUGCUACGCUGGAUGUGCUGCAAGACACGGAUACCAUCCAGUUUCAGGCUGGGGAGAACUUGCACCUCGGCAUGGUCCAUAUCGAGGCGGGCACGACGACCUACCAACUUCGGCCCCAUGUCGACAAGGCCAGGGAACGUGUACGUGUCGACCUGCCGCACCUGAUCACCCGCGGCACCCCUGUGACAUUGACCGCUGGGUUUGCAGCGCCUAUUGAUCACACGAUGCGGGGGUACUAUGCGUCGUCCUGGGCGCAUGAAGGCGAGCAUGGCACUUAUGCGGUGACGCAGUUCUCGCCCGCGUCAGGACGCCGUGCGUUUGCCGGCUGGGACGAGCCGGAAUUCAAGGCCACAUACACGUUCCGCAUGAUCCAUAAGAAUGGGACGAUGGCAUUGGGCAACAUGCCUAUCAAGCACAGCCAACCUGCGACGCACGACGACGUACGCGACGCCCUGCAUACACACCGCCUAUCUAUGCGGAUGCCAGCGCUGGGCGACGAGGCAUGGACCUUGUCUGAGUUUGCUACGACGCCGCUAGUGUCCAGCUACCUGGUCGGCUGGGCGAAUGGCCACUUUCUGCACAAGGAGGAUGCGUACACGUCGCCGAUCACAGGCCGUAGCGUGCCACUUCGCAUUUAUGCAACGCCAGAGUACAUCAAUACGACCGGCCAUGGCCUGGCCGUCAUGAAGAAGGAGCUGCCGUUGUACGAAUCGCUGUUUGAUAUUGCGUACCCACUCCCGAAACUCGAUGGACUUGUCGUGGCCGACUUUGACGUGAAUGCCAUGGAGAAUUGGGGCUUGAUUACAAGUCGGACGUCGGUGUUUGCGUACGAUCAGCGAUCCGAGCUAGCAGGCCUGAAGAGGGCAACGGGUACCAUUGGGCACGAAUUGGGUCAUAUGUGGUUCGGAAAUAUGGUCACGAUGAUGUGGUGGGACAACUUGUGGCUGAAAGAAGCGUUUGCGACGUUCAUGGGCGAAGUCUUGGUCAUGAAUCGCGUCUUCCCUGCGUGGGACAGUGUCAGUGACUUUGUCGUAGCGCACUUGCAUCGUGCUCUGGAGCUGGACGCGAAGCGGUCCUCCCACCCCAUCGAGACACCACUCAACACAGAGCGCGUAGAGAAUGCACUCACGCAGACGUUUGAUGCGAUCCCGUACUCCAAGGGCGCGAGCGUACUUCGCAUGCUGGCCGCAAUGCUUGGCGAAGAUGUAUUUCUACGUGGCGUCAGUGCGUACCUCAAAGCGCAUCUCUACGGCAACACGGUCACGCAGGAUCUAUGGGAGAGCCUCUCCGAGGCCUCCGGGAAGCCUAUCGCGACGAUCAUGGCUGCGUGGACAUUGCAGCAAGGUUUUCCUGUGCUCACCGUCAUACCGACGCGGCGUGGGUGUAUCGUGCGCCAGCAUCGGUUCCUCGAAACAGGCGACGCGACAGAGCAAGACGAUCAGACACUAUGGCAUGUCCCCUUGGCCGUCAAAGUCGUGCAGGACGGCCAGACGUACGUCUAUCAUGACAUGAUGCUCGCGGGCGAGCGUGAAAAAGAAAUUGAGCUCCCAGCGAAGGCCCUGUGGAAACUCAAUGCCGAUGCUAUCGGGGUGUACCGCGUCGCGUACCCCAUGGCACAUGUAGAUGCGAUGCUCGCGGCGAACACGUCGUGGAGUGUAGCGGAUCGAGUGGGUAUGCUGAGCGAUGCCUUUGCUUUGGCACAGGCGGGGUACACGUCCACACCAGACGCACUCACGCUCAUGGACCGUAUGCGUGACGACGAGAGUCCUCUGGUACUUCAAGUGCUAGCGCAAAGUGCAAGCAAACUCGCGAGCGUAUGGUGGGAGCAGCCCGCGGAGGUGCAGGAUGCCUUGCGACAGUGGCGCAGGAAGCUGUUUGGCCCACUCGCACGUCAGUAUACCAUGGACAGCCAGCCUCACGAGUCUACGUCGACGCGAGACAUGCGAUCAACUGUCAUGGCCGCGGCCGCGGAGGCCGGGGACCCGUGGACCCUGCGUGAGAUCGCACGUCGGUUUGAGCCUUUGCAGACGAAGGGCGACGAUCGGCAGAUCCCGCCGGAUCUCUUACGUACGGUCCUCCAAGCCUCCGUGCAGCACGGUGGGGCGGAGGCGUACGAAACGGUGUGGCAGAUGUACCAAGCCCCCGCGACGCCAGCGCACAAAGUCGCAGCGAUGGCGGCGCUGGGCGCGGCUCAGGCGCCGGCGCUGAUCGAGCGGACGCUGGCGUACGUGUUUAGCGAGGAUAUCAAGACACAAGACAUCCCUGCCUUCUUCGCAGCAUUGUCGAGCAAUCCAGCGAGUCGCCGAGCGCUAUGGGAAGGCACAAAGACCCACUUUGACCAACUUGCGCGCCGCUUUGUGCGCAACUUUUCGUUCAAGAACGUCGUGCGUGCAUCUAUGGGCGCGCUAUCGAGUGAAGCUGAUAUACACGACAUCCGUGCGUUCUUCCGUACACGCGAUACGUCGACAUUCGAUAUGAGUCUGGCGCAAGGCCUCGAGUCGGUCGAGGCGCAAACGGCCUGGCUGACGCGGUCGGGAGAGAGCAACGAGUCGAAAUGGUUCCGUCUGCCGACGGACGUUCGUCCUACACACUAUGAACUUACCAUGCUCUCCGACUUGGACGCACUGCGGUUCCACGGCCAUGCCAGCAUCUCGCUGGAUGUGCACAGCGAUACCAAUGUGCUUGCGUUCAACGUCGGCAAGCGUCUGCAGCUCAGCGACGUCCACGUCGCGCUGGGCAGCGAGACACACACGCUUACGCCCGAGAUCGAUCGCGAUCACGAGCGUGUGACAGUCAAGCUGCCCAGUCGCGUCGCCAAGGGCACGUCACUUACCAUGUCAGUGGCAUACUGGAGCGAUAUCGAUAACAGCAUGAUGGGAUACUACCAGUCGUCAUGGAAGCACGACGGCGAAGAAGGCAACUAUGCACUCACACAGUUUGAGCCGACCUCAGCUCGCCGUGCGUUCCCGUGCUGGGACGAGCCGGAUGUCAAGGCUACGUACACGUUCCGCAUGGUCCACCGCGAUUCCACUGUAGCGCUGGCGAAUAUGCCCGACGUCGAGACACACGCCGUGGACGACGCUGCAGUGCGUCGUCUCUUGCACACGGACGACUUCCAGGUGGACGCACCGUCCUUGGGCUCGGAUGCCUGGCGUGUGACAGAGUUUGCCAAGACGCCGCUCAUUUCGUCCUACAUCGUCGCGUGGGCCAACGGUGUGUUUAAGCACCUGAGCAGCUCGUACACGUCGCCCCUCACAGGCAAGGAAGUGCCGCUGCGUAUCUUUACGACGCCCGAGUACAUUCAUCAGGCGCAGUACGCACUGGAUGUGAAGAAAAAGGUGCUCCCAGAGUACGAAAAGGUGUUUGACAUUGCGUACCCAUUGCCAAAGCUCGACACGCUCGUGGCCUCCGACUUUGAUGCAGGCGCUAUGGAAAACUGGGGUCUGAUCACGGGCCGUACGUCGGUGUAUCUCUACGACGAAAAGACCGGUCUGCAGGGAAUGAAGUACACGGCCUCCGUGCAAUCGCACGAGUGUGCGCACAUGUGGUUCGGCAACAUUGCGACGAUGGCUUGGUGGGACAAUCUGUGGCUCAACGAGGCAUUUGCGACGCUCAUGGGCGAAGUGAUGAUUCUCGACCGCGCAUUCCCAGAGUGGAAGAGCGCAAGUGAGUUCAUCGCGACGCACCUGAACCUGGCGCUCGACCUUGACAGCAAGCGCUCGUCGCACCCCAUUGAAGUGCCAUUGGAGGGCGAGAAUGUCGAGGAUGCAAUCAACCAAGUCUUCGAUGCCAUCUCGUACUCCAAGGGCGCGAGUGUCCUGCGCAUGCUUGCGCGCAUGGUCGGCGAAGAUGUGUUCCUAAAGGGUGUGAGUAUCUACCUGAAGAAGCAUUUGUACAGCAACACCGUCACGAAGAACCUGUGGGAUGGUAUCAGUGAGGCAUCGGGGCAGGACGUGAAUGCGAUCAUGUCGAGCUGGAUCCUCAAGCAGGGUUUCCCCGUCCUCACUGUCACAGAGAGUGAGAAUGCCAUUCACGUGCGUCAGAACCGCUUCUUGUCGACGGGCGACCCAACGCCCGAGGAGGACGAGACGCUGUGGCAGGUGCCGCUGGCCCUCAAGGUCGUGAAGAAUGGCCAGGUAGAGACCGACAACAGCCUCAUGCUCCGUGGCGAGCGUGAGAUGGAGAUCCCGCUGCCCAACGCCAAGGACAGUGUUUGGAAGCUUAACGCGGAGACGGUAGGCGUGUAUCGCGUGGCUUACCAGCCAGAGCGCCUCGAAAAGCUCGGUGCGGCGGCGGCGCAGGAGAACAGUCCCUUCUCGCUGGAAGAUCGUGUGGGUUUGGUCAACGAUGCCUUCACGCUCGCACAGGCCGGCUACGCCAAAACGUCGGGUGGUCUCGCUCUCGCGCGUGCGUUGGCCAACGACAACAGCUCAUUGGUCAACUUGGCCAUGAGCAUGAACUUUGCUAAGCUCGCCAGCGUCUGGUGGGAGCAGCCAGAGUCGGUGCGCAAUGCCAUCAACAAGUUCCGCGCGGAUGUGUUUGGCCCCCUCGCUCGAAAGCUUACGUUUGAGUUUAGCGAUAGCGACUCAAGCGAGCUGCGCGAGCUGCGUGAAACCGUACUGAGCGCCGCUGCUGCCGCGAGUGAUCCAUGGACGAUUGACGAGAUUCAGAAGCGAUUCGCGCCACUCCAGGAGAAGGGUGACGACAGCUUGAUUCACCCUGACGUGCUGCGUAUCGUCCUCGGUCACGCUGUGCGUCACGGCGGUGAGAAGGAGUACGAGACAGUCUUGGGGAUCUAUCGCAAGCCGCCUACGCCGGCUCACAAGGACUCGGCAAUGAUGGCGAUGGGUAUGCCGAGGCAGCCAGAGCUCUUGCAGCGCACCGUGGAGUUCCUGUUUAGCGGCGAAGUGAAGACACAAGACUUUAUGUACUUCUUCCGCUCCCUGUCCGCCAACCCAGUAAGCCGCCGCAUGCUCUGGAGCACGUUCCAGGAGCGCUUUGACGAUCUCGUGAAGCGCUUCGAAGGCAACUUCUCAUUGGCUAGCUUGAUCAAGUCGAUGGUCAGCUCCUUCACCACGGAAAAGGACGCAAAGGAGAUUUCCACGUUCUUCGAGUCAAAGAACACCAGCCGCUUCAACAUGAGUCUUGCGCAGGCCCUGGAUGCUGUCCAUGCCCAGGCUCGUUGGCUCGAGCGCGAUGCGGACGAUGUGCGUGCUUGGCUCGAGGCACAUGGCUACCAGGGAUGA